CAUUAUUUAAACUCAAAUCCUCAGCUAGCGAUACAUAUAUAUCCAGCUUUACAAAGUGAUACAAGUGACAACACACUACCAAACACCAAGCUCAAGAUUCCAUAAAUACCCAUUCCUACCCUGAGGAAUAUUUAGCUAAUAAUUAUCCUUUAUGCAAAGAGAGCGAUGUCUGGCUGAAGACUUCCAUUCAUUCCAACGUGCAAAAACAGAGCUGGUACAUUCCCGUCAAAAAGUUAUCCAGGAACACAUUAAUGAAGUAAGCACUGGGAAAAUGGAAAGACAACUUGAGGCUACCAGAAUGGAAAACAACACCUCAUCCUGCUUUCUCAUGGAAAGAAAGACUCGUGUCAAGAUUAACAGGAAAGAAACCAUGGUAGCUAAGCUGAGAAAGAGCUGCUCUUGCACACCACAAAAGCUGAAGAACUUUCUUAUGGACUUCUUUCCUGUUUUGCGAUGGCUUCCCAAGUACCGAUGCAGAGAGUACAUUUGGGGGGAUAUUAUGUCUGGAUUAGUGAUUGGGAUAAUUUUAGUGCCUCAAGCAAUUGCAUACUCACUGCUGGCAGGUCUGAAGCCCAUUUAUAGCCUUUACACAUCCUUCUUUGCCAACAUCAUCUAUUUCUUAAUGGGCACAUCCCGUCACGUCUCAGUUGGCAUUUUCAGCUUGAUAAGCUUAAUGGUGGGACAAGUUGUGGACCGAGAACUUCUCUUGGCUGGGUUUGACUUAAAUGAUGAUGCCCCACCAGCCUCAGGUGACGGCUCUCUGCAGAAUGACAAUCUGUCCAACACAACUGCCUUCAACCUUACCAUUGCGGGGAUAAAUGCUGAGUGUGGGAAAGAGUGCUACGCUAUUGGCAUUGCUACAGCCUUGACAUUCAUGGCUGGAGUGUAUCAGGUUCUAAUGGGGAUCUUCCGUCUAGGUUUCGUAUCUAUGUACCUAUCUGAGUCCGUACUAGAUGGCUUUGCAACUGGUGCUUCCUUAACCAUUUUAACAGCUCAAGUGAAGUAUCUCAUUGGAAUAAAAAUUCCACGCAGCCAAGGGCAUGGGAUGCUCGUUAUUACCUGGAUUAACAUUUUCCGGAACAUUUCUCAGGCCAACCUUUGUGAUGUCAUCACAAGUGCCAUUUGUAUUGUGGUGCUGGUCACUGCUAAGGAAAUCGGAGAUCGGUAUAAGCAUAAACUGAAAUUUCCUCUUCCCACGGAGCUGGUAGUUAUUGUUGUGGCAACACUGGUGUCACACUAUGGUAAGUUAAAUGAAGUGUAUGCAUCCAGUGUUUCUGGAGCUAUUCCAACAGGAUUUAUCCCUCCAAAGGUACCAGAGUUCAACUUAAUGCUCAGAGUUGCUCUAGAUGCUUUGCCUCUUGCCAUAGUCAGCUUUGUCUUCACUGUAUCCCUUUCUGAAAUGUUUGCAAAGAAAUAUGCUUACACCAUCCGAGCCAAUCAGGAAAUGUUUGCUGUGGGGUUCUGCAACAUCAUUCCUUCCUUCUUCCACUCUUUUGCAACCAGUGCAGCUUUGGCAAAAACACUUGUCAAAACAUCUACAGGCUGCCAAACUCAAAUCUCUGGAGUAAUUAGUGCAAUGGUGGUUUUGCUGGUGCUGCUCUUCCUGGCACCUCUCUUCUACUCCUUGCAGAAGUGUGUCUUGGCUUGUAUUAUCAUUGUGAGCCUUCGGGGAGCCCUGAGGAAGUUCCGAGAUGUGCCAGCACGGUACUAUGUGAAUAAGGUGGACACACUUGUUUGGGUAGUUACCAUGUCUGCCUCUGCCUUGGUCAGCACAGAAAUAGGGCUGUUGGUUGGCAUUGUUUUCUCCAUGUUAUGCAUCAUUGUUCGGACCCAGCGGCCACGGACAGCCCUGCUUGGUCAGAUUCAAGACACAAGCUUUUAUGAGGAUGACUUAGAAUAUGAAAAUCUCUCUACUGUUCCAAAGGUCAAAAUAUUUCGCUUUGAGGCCCCACUUUACUAUGCAAAUAGAAACUACUUCCUAAAGUCUCUGUACAGAUUGACCAAUUUAGAUCCUAACCUAGAAGCUGCUCGAAGGAAGAAAUACGAGAAGAAGGAAAAGCGGCAUCUGAAAAAGGGAAAUCACAAAACUGCUAAUGGACUGGGUAUUGGAGAAACCACUUUGCAACUAGUUCCUAAGCAAAUUGAUUUCCAAGCCCUUGUUGUUGAUUGCUCUUCCAUCUCAUUUUUGGACACCACUGGAGUUAAUACCUUGAAGGAAAUCCUGAAAGACUACAAGAAUUUAAACAUUUCUGUUCUCCUGGCUUGCUGCAAUCCCUCAGUGAUAGACUCUCUGAAAAGAGGGGGUUACUUCGGAAAGGAUUUUGGAUGUAUGCAGGAAAUGCUGUUCUACAGUAUACAUAAUGCCGUGCUGUUUGCAAAAGACCAAAAGCUUCCAGCAGACUGCUCAGUUUAACCCUAUGUCUUCCUUGAUGAUUCGCCACAAAGUGACAGAUAGAGAGGGGUAGUUUGUAACUAUCAGACACACAGUUGGCUGCAUAAAGCCAUUCCCCCCAAAGAGUUCCACUUUAUGUCAUAUGCUACAAAGGGCAGUCACUGGGGACGCAGUCCAGGACAAGCAUGGAAAGGUUAGACCACCACCUUCACUUUAAAAUCCAGAAAAUGGUUGAGAUUGACUUGCAUCAUACCAUGAUCCUUUGUGACCCAACAUGGAUGUCAGGGGACUUUUGUGGUGGAAGGCCUGCCCAGUGCUGCUCUCCCAGUGAUUAAAUGGCUGGUUUGUGUUAAGAAGGCUAAGCCACCUCCAUCAAAAUGCAAUCAAUACAGCAUUCUGGAUACAUCAUUGUUUAAACUGUGGCUUGCAAGGCCCUACUCCUUCCAGUCAUUCCAGGUGUACUCCUAGACAAGUCCCCACUGUUUGCAUAAAAAAAAUGUAUAAAAUAUUGUGGCAUGUAGAAUAUCUCUCCUCCUUGAUCACACACGCUUAAUAGCAUAAUCUGCCAUAGGAGAAGAAACUAUGAUCCAUCACAGGUUCCUCUCAAAAUGACCAUUUUCAAAAACUGCUGGCUUUGGAGUUACAGGAGUCAUCUGUUCUAUUGGAUUAAAUCUGUCAUAAUUAGUUACUAAAGGCUGUGAUACCCCUAAUCAUGCUGGAAGAAAUAUGACUCUGAUGCGCAAAUUUGUAACUAGUAAAAGGAUA